AUGGUUCUCUUCGCCGGGAUCAUGGGAAGUGUUGGUGACUUGGUGGCGAAAGCAAAUAAAGUGAAAGCGGACUGGCAGCAGAGAAUGGACGGACUCAAGCAGUUCAUGACAUACAGAUCAACAAGUAUAUGCAGUGGUCAAUUCUUGCCUAGCUCUCAGCUGUUUGAAGGUUGCGAAUUAGCGUUCCUCAAAGACCUCGUUGCUCGUCUUGAGCCCAUGGAGUUUGGACCUGGGGAUGUUAUGCGCCCAGAGGAGACUGAAUAG